CCCCCUGUGGGCCAAGGUAGAGCGUGCUGAGAGAGGGAGGAGGGAGCAGGGGGCUGAGCUGAUCCCACGUGUGACGCUUUCAUUCCCGGCUCAGUAAUAUUCUCAUAGCGGGGCUUUGCAUAUCUCCUGCCGUAUCUGUGUGUGUCUGUCACUGUUACUGUAGUCCCAGCCUAUAGUUUGAAAUAGAUAUGGAAGGAGACGGGAGUCAAGCCACAUCCGGAAGCCUAAACGAUUCACAACAUGACCCGGGUAAAAUGUUUAUCGGUGGCCUCAGCUGGCAAACCUCACCAGACAGCCUUAGAGAUUAUUUUAGUAAAUUCGGAGAAAUAAGAGAAUGUAUGGUGAUGAGAGACCCCACGACAAAACGCUCAAGAGGAUUUGGGUUUGUUACGUUUACAGAUGCUGCCAGUGUAGAUAAAGUCUUAGCUCAACAACACCACGAAUUAGACUCAAAGACGAUUGAUCCUAAGGUUGCCUUUCCACGUCGCGCCCAGCCUAAGAUGGUCACAAGAACAAAGAAAAUAUUUGUGGGUGGCUUGUCAGCCAAUACAGUAGUGGAAGAUGUGAAGCAGUAUUUUGAACAGUUUGGGAAGGUCGACGACGCCAUGCUUAUGUUCGAUAAGACUACUAACAGACAUAGAGGAUUUGGCUUCAUAACUUUUGAGAGUGAAGACAUCGUAGAGAAAGUCUGUGAAAUUCAUUUUCAUGAAAUCAAUAACAAAAUGGUAGAAUGUAAGAAGGCCCAGCCCAAGGAGGUGAUGUUCCCACCGGGUACACGGGGGCGAGCCAGGGGUCUGCCCUACACCAUGGAUGCCUUCAUGCUGGGGAUGGGCAUGCUGAGCUACCCUAAUAUUGUGGCAACGUAUGGCCGUGGAUACACUGGAUUCGCACCCAGCUACAGCUACCAGUUCCCUGGCUUCCCAGCGACAGCAUACGGACCGGUGGCGGCAGCGGCGGUAGCAGCAGCGCGUGGCUCAGGUAGGGGGGCCCGUGGAAGAGGCGGCUACUUGGCGUACCCACAGAGCACAGGGCCAGGCCUCCCCGAUUAUGGGUUUUACUCUACGCCCAGUGACCAGAGGGGGGGGCCCUGCUCCUUUGCUGACUAUGGCUCCCUGGGGCCCCAAGCGGCUCAGAUGCUGCACAGUGAGCAUGCCACCUCCGCCUGCAACUCCCCCCUCCAGCACCUACACAGCCCGGAUCAAUUUAAGAACCCAGGCGCCAACCCGUCAAGGCCCGGAGGUUUCCCCGGUGCUAACAGUCCAGGGCCUGUGGCUGACCUGUACGGCCCUAGCAGCCAGGAUUCAGCUGUGGGCAACUACAUCAGUGCUGCUAGCCCUCAGCCUGGCUCUGGGUUUGGCCCCAGCAUCACAGGCCCGUUGAUUGCGACAGCUUUUACAAAUGGAUACCAUUGAACAGGUGGCCGGUUGCCAUCUCAUCAGAGCAGAGUAUAUCUGGUGGCCCAGGAAAGACAGGACGGAGUUUCUAAUUGGCUUUGUGUGCAGGUGAUGCUAUCCAACUUCAAGCACUACAGCGUCACCCAGGCAAAAAGAAGGAAAGUUGAAACCAUAUGAAGAAGAAAAGAAAAACGUUAGUCAUCUCAGAAAAAUAACAACUGCUGUACUAUAAUCCAAACCUCCUAUAACUUUACAACCUGGUUUGGUAUGAUGUGUCACGUCGAUUUCACUCACCAGUUCCCUUCCUCUGUUAGCGCUUUGUUUUGAUUAGUUUUUAGAGAGUCAUUUUAGUUUUAACCUUAAUUUUGUGUCAUUUUAUUUGAUCUUAAUAGUAUAUUUGUGUAAAUGGGUUUUGUUUGAAGUACGGGGGUCAUAGCCAAGAAUUUCUGCAAGUCAUGUCUUCAUCUUCGUAGUGUGAAGGGGAAAUGAUUGGAUGAUCCUUUCAGUCUAUCUGCCUAAAAAAGAAGCUCAGUGUGGAGAGACUCGGAUAAAAAAAAGAUAACAUUUUAAGGAACAUUUAAAGAGGGUAUCUAAGUAAUAAAUCUUAGUAGCUGUUUUAUUUCUUGUGAUGUCUCAUUGUUAACCAUAAUUACCUAUUUUUGGGCAAUACAAAGAGGACUCCAAUAUUUUUAUGGUCCUUUUUUAUAAGUGUUGUUUUUGUUGUUUAGAAAUAUAUAUAUAUGCUAUAACAAAUUUCAUAUAACUACAUUGUGAAUUCAAACUUGAGAAAAAGAAAUGUAGCUGUACAUAUUAUUCCAGUCACUGCAUAUAACCAACUCAGUGAGAGAAUAGCAUAUUUUUGUGAUGGUGUGUCAAAAGAAACAUGUUAUAGCGUGUGAAUAGAAGAAAAAGCUGUAAACAGUUAUUAUUAUACUUUUUUCUGCUGGAAGACGGUUUAAAUGACCCCGGAGACGAACAGAACACACUUGCUCUGUAAAUACCGAAGCUGAAUAAUUUUACAAGUGUCAUACCAGCAAAUUUACAAACGGCGAGUUAAGUCAACACAGUUUUAAGAAAUUAAAAAAAUAAAAGAUCCUGAUUGGUAUCUUUUGUCUAGCUGUUAAGAUAUCAGUAUCAUUUGAAAGAGAGAGAGAGAGAGAGAAGAAAAAAGAUUUAAUCCAAAGCACACUGUACUUAGAUGUGAAGAUUAGAACUUGAACCAGGCAUUUGACAGUGCUCUGUGCAUCCUGACACUUUUAUACUGUUGAGAGGAACUUGUUAGUUGUAUGUUAUUGUUUGUUUCAUCCUGCUCGUUCCUGAUUCGUAUAUAUUUUUAUUUCCUUUGGAACACAACACCUGGGUUCAGUUCUUUUAUGAAUGAAUUAGGAAAGUAAACAUUUUGAUACCAUACCUCAGCCUUUGCGAGUUCUAACGUGGAAUCAUUGGCAGGUUUAAGUUAUUCUAGUGGCAAAAUAAAUGAAAACACUGAAAGAUUAUAAAGCGAGUAAUCAUUGCACUGUGAGUAGUAAAGUACAGGCCAUUUUCCUAUUUGCACACGUAUACGUCGGCUUUUUAAAAAGAAACGGCCCUGUGCUUUGGGACAGUAUGAAGGAUUUUUGGGGUUAAUGUAUUCUGGACUAGACAAACACUUCAGAGUUCUGAGGUGAGUUAACAGCUGGGGAAGUAGUAACUGAUAUGUUGCAGUGUACACGUGGAUCUCUUUGUAUAUUAGACCCAUCUAAAGAUAUUUAUACAGGGUUAAAAGAUGACACUGAAUUAUUCACUCUCUGUCGCUGCACCAGGUUUUACUCAGUAUGUGUGGUUAAUGAUUUCACUCAUGACAAACAUUUAAUAAUAAUAAUAUUAAUAUGCUCCAGUCCGCUUUUUAUUAUCAUUAAUUGAAUGAAUGGUGUGUUUUUCUGCUGCAGGUGUAUAUUUGUUGUUUUCAUUUUACCCACUUCUUGUCUUUUAUUUCAAAACAACCAGGUAAAGAAAUAUGCUGGAUACUUCUAAAGUAAAUGAUAUGGAGGUGUGAUCAAGUAAUAAUUUAAAGAGUAAAAAAAAAAAACCUUGUAAUGUUCAAAUGUAAAAGAAAAUAAGAAAUACAAAACUAUAAAAAAGAAAGAAAAAGAAAGAUGCUUCUUUGCUGAUUUCAAGUUUAAUCAGAGUUUUAUUGAUACUUUGUGGUUUAUAUAUUAAUAAUUGUAAUAUACUAUUAAAAUGUACUGUGCAUCCAUUGCUUUCUCUCUUUCCAUCCCCAUCCUUCAGAGAUCCUACUUCUUUUGUUGAUCAUUCAUGUAUUCAUUAGUGUGUAAAGAAACCACAGUUAACUUGUAAACAGAGUGCUGUCUUUGAUACCAGUGUAGUGGUCUUUGUUGUUCUCCCUUGCUCUACCUCUCCUUUCUCUCAUAUUUAUCCCUCUCCCUCUCGCGCUCUUUUUCUAUCUCCUGUAAUUACAAAGUAGAUGUUAUAUAGGACUCAUUAAUAUAAUACUUGUAGUGAAUAGUGGAUUUAGGACCAGUCAAGAUAGACCAUUCUCUAAAUGAUCAUGUUAUUCUGAUAUUUGCAGACAAUUCUUUUGAUAGAGGUUCAUUGUAAUUUAUUCCCUGUAUGUUUUAUUUCUUUGCUUUUUGCCACUCUCACAUGGUUUCAGCUAACCAAAGCUCUCAUGGAUGAACAAUAGAGAAACAGUUGCUGUAAGAUGGAAUUGUACACAAGGCAUUAUUUGGAUCCCCACCCUUGAAUGUUUUAAAAGGGGUGUGCCAUACUACCUUAAAUGCUAACGCUAGAUAUGCAAAACUGUUGAUUUUUAAUUAUUUUUUAAGAGGGACACAAGCUAUAAUCAUGGACGAAGAUUUUAUGUAAAAAAAUAUUUCAUAUUUUUUUAAGAAACAUACCAAUGAUUACCACACCAGUCAUAAUAUCAGUCAUCGUGCUCUUUAAAUAAUAAUAUUUAAUAUUUGUACAUUUUGGAAAUAUCCCAGAUGCCUCUGGAAUUUUAGAUAAUACUGUCUCAUUUCUCUCAAAGCAUUUAUUAAUAAUUCAAAUCAUUUUAAUCUUAGAUUCUGGGAACUAAAUUUAGUUUUAAUGCAUAAUCAAUGUUCACAUCGUUCAGGUUUUUUAUUGACAUUUUUAGAGGCAUUACUGUAAAGAAAAGAGAAAGACUCCAUUAAACAGAAGACCUCUGGCUCCAAAGCAAUAUUAUUCUGCGACUGUUAAAGGGCGGAGUGUGUAUCACUAUCAGGGCUCAUUAAUAGAUGAUCAAAUUCAUGUUGCAAAAGAUUAUAAAUUAGAGUUUAAAUGCUCAAAAUAGCAUCGCAAAUGAUGUCCGGAACUCAGACCUGUUAGAUUUACACAAGCAGCGUUUCAAGCUAAAACAAAUCUAUUACAAAGCCUCACACUGUGUGCACACUCCAACUAAACAUUCAUGUUUUACAACAGUUAUUUCACCUCAUGGGGUCUUAAAAUGUAAUAUUGUUAAAUAAAUAAAUGACGUUAGUGUCAAUUAAUUUUCUUUCUCAUCCAGUAUAGACUGUCAAAUGACGUACAUAUGUACAUCAAUGGCAGCUUUGUUAGCGACGCUAAAAGACCAAUUGCUCCAAUGAAUCCAGAAAGUAAACGUACAUGAUGUUAUUUAAAAAUAGGCAAAGAGAAAUGAUCCCCAAAACCAACAUCCACAUGUUUAGAAAGUCAAAUAAUAUGAAACUUUAUUGUAAAAUGAUAGAAGUAAUUGGACAAUACAGGAACAUUUGCACAUUAAAGGAAUACAAAUAUCUCAACAGUAGAAAAAUGAUUAACAUAAUAGAAAUCAAUAAUUCAUGCGUACUAGUUAAAUUUUAUAAGAUGAAACAAAAUAAAGUGUUCCUCCUGUUCAUUUGCAGCAGUGUCCCUUUGUUUAUCUGAAUAUUUUCUCAAAUAAUAAACAAUAACUGGAACCACCUACAAACCGAUACAAGAAGCUCAUUAGGAGCUGGAGUUGAUUCCAAUGUUGCUGCCAUUUCAUCUGAAAAACAAAUAACAGUGCAACAAGUAUGAAAUAUAUUUUUGUUUUUCUCACUGUUGCAGCGACUGGUGGCUCUUUGACGAUAAUGAACCUUUUUGACUUGAAAAGUUUUCCCCUCACACAAUAUUAAGAAAUAGACUCUUCUAUUGUUUUGUGAUCCUGUAGCGUGGACUUUAAGGUAGCAUGGCUCUGUUGCUGUAAUUUCAUUUUAAUCUCAAACUGACAGCAGUUUACAGCUGAUGAAUGUUACACAUUUUAGUAGACUAGCUUAUCCAUUUGGGGAGAGGGGAGGGGUCUUGGUUUAAAAAAAAUCAAAAAAGAAAUCAAAAAAGAAAAAAAGUCAACCUGGAAGGAGUUGACAUUUGUAGUGUACUACCGUAUCCAUUUAAACUUGAAUCUUGAGGCAAGUGCUAGGCAAUGGCCAAACAAUUGAUCCCAUCCGCAGUGGGGAAAAGCCCACCCUGAAACUACACGCACUUGUGAGAUUUCUGUCGCCUUGGAUUUGAAUCAGUUUUAUGGAUAAGAACAACCGUCUCCCUCAAGCCGGGACAUCAGACGGGGACUGCUUCAGGCUCGGCUCCAUUUCCAAUUAAUUACACCGACUUUGAAAGCUCAUUGAACGUCCUCAAACAUUUAUACCCAAAAGAGGCUUAUUCAUAGUGGUGCUGAUGGUUUUGAACCAGACAGACAGUGUGCCCUUAUCUCUGAGAGAUACUGUCACAGUGACCACAAAGUGACUCUCACUAACACGCCUCUCUUGUUUCCGGAACAUAAAGAUGUUCACAAAUGUCGACUGAAAUCUUCAAGGUGACAGACGUAUCACAAGUCCGACUUUACUGUCGUGUUUUAGGGUGAAUUCCCCCUUCAGUCCAAACCAUUGCCAUCUCACCCACGCUCAUCGCUAAAUAUAUACAUACAAUUGCGAUAUAUAUGUGUAUAGAUGAAUAUAUAUAUUUGCAAUUCUCACGCAUUUGAACUUGUCUGAAUAAUAUUAGACUGGAGACCUCAGCUGUAUACAGAAUACUCGUCGCACAGCUACACCCGGGUUCAUAUAGGCAUUAUUAGCUUCUGUCCACCGACACGAGAGUUCACCCGUGGCGUGUUGUCCUGUUUGGAGCAGACCGCAUGGCCUAGAGGGGAGCCUGGAAGCUCUUCAGACUGCAUGGACGGCAGUGUGAGGCUCUGCUGUGCUUCCAUGUUUCUGCAGGCUGAGCACAGAGCUCUCUUCACUGCUGUCUGCCCAUUCCUAACACUUGCCCCUUUUUUUUAUGUUAACCGACUUUUUAUGGCGAGAGACAGACAGACAGACAGACUUGACUGACAUCUGAAAGCAUCUUUCAGGUUAUCAUAUGGCUUGCUUAAGCCCUGUUGUAAAAUAUACAAAAAAAAUAAAAAUAAUGAUAAUAUUAAUAAUAAUAAUAAUGGAUGGGGGUCUCUCACAUAUCAAAUGUGGAAAGUCUAAUUUUAUAUUUGUAUUUUCAAAUAAUAAUAUUGACAAAAAAUGUCUGUGAAAGGUUUCCAUCCUCUGCUGUGGUCCAGAAAUUGAUGUGUCUGUCUGGAAAAUAAAUAAAAUAAACUGAAUUGUUAUAUGA